CAACACUGCCUUUUCCAAAAGCGUCUUCUGCUAGAGGCACAUUUUCGUCAUCCGUCAAAAGUUUUGUUCCCGUUGUUCAUUUUUCCCUUAAUAAAUAAUAAAAAUGGCUGAAAAAAUGAGAACGGAAAUCGCUUCCAUGCUCCAAGGAAUAGAAAGGUACAACCCAGACAAUCUUCAAAAACUAGAACGCUAUGUAGAGAUGCAAGCGCAAGAAAAUAUUUACGAUCUUGAAGCAAACUUGAGUGUACUACGACUGUACCAGUUUGGUCCAAAUUUCUACCGUAGCAACAUUGUAAACCUGAUCUUACUGAAAGCGAUGACCAAUUUACCACACACAGAUUUUCUACUGUGUAAAUGCCUUUUGACUCAAGACAGGUUGGAGGAACCUCAAGUAAGCAGAGUAAUGGUCCUUGCAGAUUUGUUGGAAACUUGUAAAUUCAAGCAGUUUUGGGAGGAAUUGGCCAAAUGUGGUGAUCUCAUCAUCACUGUCCAGGGAUUUGAAGAUGCAAUUAGGAAGUUUGUUGCUCAUGUUGUCAACAUCACCUACCAGACAAUUGAAGUUCCAGUUCUCAAGGAACUCUUGGGCAAUGUCAAUGAUCAAGUUCUGAAGCAGUGGGUCGGCAAGUGCAGUUGGAAAGAUCUCGGCAAUGGACGUGUUUUCGUCACGUCGCAAGAAGAUUUGGUCAAGACCAAGAACAUCACUGAAAAGAUCGAGUUUGAAAAUGUUGCUGGUAUUAUGGCUCAUUGCAUUUAAAGGACGGUUCUUCACAAAUCCAGAACCCGAAAAAGGAGGAAAAAUAAUAAAAAAAAGAAAACAUACAAACAAUUCCAAGGGCAGUGUAUUACUGUUUUGAAACAGCUUGAUAUACACAUUUGUCAUGUUUGAACUC